GUUGCGUCAGUCGCACACCAGCUGCUCACGCAUUCGGACGUGUUUUCGCAUCCGUUUUCGCAACCGAUUCGCAAACGCUCCGCAGCUCGGUGCCGCCAACAACAGUUGGGCCCCAAAGCGAAUAACACAAACAAGUGGCCAGCGGACUGGAGUUUCGGCGGGCCGGAGUCUCCAUAUCCAAAUAUAAUGUGACAGGACGACAAGAUGGACUUCCAGAAUCGCAACAAUACGGCCAACAAGUUUGUCUGCCCCAGCGACAGGCAACUGGCCCUGCGUGCCAAAUUAAAAGCUGGCUGGAGCAGUUCCAAGACCAGUGAGCCGCUGCGUCCCGAGGAGCAGGAGGCCAUCAUAUCGGUGAUCCGGCGCAACGAGGAGAUCGAGGUGGCCGAGCGGCAACGGGUUGGCCGCCUGGUGGAGCGCGUCGAGAAGAUCAAACAGCAUGCCGUGGAGCGGGGACCCAAUUGCUGUCGCCUGUGCGGCGACACCUUCGGUAUCCUGCGGCCGCAGCGCAUCCUGUGCGAGGACUGCCGCCAGUCGGUGUGCGCCAAGUGCAGCGUGGACAUUAACAUCCGCUACCACACCAGCGAGCGGUCCCGCGAGAUCUGGCUGUGUCGCAUCUGCUCCGAGACGCGCGAGAUGUGGAAGAAGUCCGGAGCGUGGUUCUUCAAGGGUCUGCCCAAGUACGAUAUGCCGCGCAGCGCCAGUGCCACGCCCAUUCCCAACCCAGGACCCGGAUCCAUGGCAGGCGACACGCGGGCUGUUCAAAGUUGUCAUGCGACGCCAACACGACCGGCGCGGGUGAAGAAGCUAACGAUACGGGUGAACGACAGCAGCUCCAGCAGCAGCGGGCACUCGGAGCCGGAGGACGAGGUGGACACUGGAGUAGGAGUAGGCGUCGGCGUAGUCGGUAGUGGCAUGGCCAAGGGCAUUGCCUCCACUCGUUUGCAGCGGGAGGAUAGCUUCCGGCUGAGGGCCUACGGCUCCAUACGCAGCUUUAUCGACGGCGGCGAACGGAAGUUGUCUAACUCCUUCUUCUUCAGCCGCCAGCAAAGUCAACGGCCAUCGGAGUGCCCGGAAUACGACAGCGUCAGCAUGUCGAAACUGAGGCGGGAGAGCAGCUUCCUGCGGCGCGGCUCCGUCAGCUCCUCCUGGUCGAUUAGCGACAGUUCCGGCUCUGGAUCGAACAACUCCGGCAACUCACAAACGCAGUCGCAGUACCAGCAGCACCAGCAACAGCUCCAGCAGCACUGUCGGGAUCCCCUGCUCGGCUGGCUGGAGAUAGCCAUUAGCUAUCGUGAGGCCUUCCACAGCCUCGACUGCACCAUGGUGCGUGCCCGAGAUCUGCCCGCCAUGGAUGCGGCCGGCUUGGCGGACCCGUACUGCAAGCUCAACAUCAUUACGCCGGAGGCGCACACCAAGUACACGCGAUGGCAGCGCACAAAGACGGUGCACAAGACCCGCAAUCCGGAGUUCAACGAAACGCUGCAGUUCGUCGGCGUGGAGCCCGAGGAGCUGGGUAACUCGCUGAUUUACGUGGCUCUUUUCGACGACGACAAGUACGGCCACGACUUCCUCGGCGCGGCCAAGGUCUGCCUUUCCACGGUGCACAGUACGUCGCAGUACCGGAUUUCGGUGCCACUCGGCGUGGAGGACCAGUAUAGCAACGCGGCGGAGAUGGCCCAGAACUGGCCCAACGGCAAGAUGCUUCUCUCGCUCUGCUACAACACCAAACGAAGGGCGCUGGUGGUGAAUGUGAAGCAGUGCAUCAACCUGAUGGCCAUGGACAACAACGGCAGCUCCGAUCCCUUCGUCAAGAUCCAACUCAAGCCGGAUGCGCACAAGAACAAGAAGCACAAGACCAGCGUCAAGUGGCGCACGCUCAAUCCCAUCUACAACGAGGAGUUCUACUUUGAGGCGAGUCCGCACGACCUCAACAAGGAGAUGCUCAUCCUGACCGUGUGGGACAAGGAUCUCGGCAAGAGCAACGACUUCCUGGGCAGCCUGCAAUUGGGCGCCCAAAGCAAGGGCGAACGCCUGCAGCAGUGGCUCGACUGCAUCCGAUUGCCCGAUCACUUCCACGAAAAAUGGCAUUGCCUCGCCCCCGACAAUCCCGCCCACUGAGUAGCCCUAUCCGAUCCCAACGCCAACCGAUCCCCAGUCCAAUCGAUUCGAUCUUAUCUGUACCGAUGUGGAUCUUUUUCCUGUAGAACACAUUUGAACGAACUGAUUUCUCAGCCCAGUCAUGGAAAUACGAACCAUAUCUUUUACGUUAAGUAGUUCAGGAACAUAUUAAUGCUAGCUUUUCUUUCAUUUCUACAGCUUUUUUAACUUUAAACAGUUAAUAAUUGAAUACUUUGUAAUUUUUAAAGAUAUAAACUGCAUGCUUUGCUAGAUCGAAUCAAUAUUAAUAGGUAGCUCAAAGGACGAUUUGCAUAUGACUACGCUGAGAAAUGAGGUCGUGAAAAUGAGGCUUUAGUUCCAAAUAUACACAUAUAUACAUAUACUAACAUAUACAUAUAUAUUAUAUACAUAUAUUUUUGAUAAGCCUGAAUGGGUGUGAGCAAGCAAGAAGAAGCUAAAGAGAGCGACAAAUAUUGUGUGUGUUGAGUGACUGCUUUCCAAAAAUCUCGUACGUAACCCCAAUUUUCUAUGUCUAUACUUUGGCUCUUAUCGGCAUUUUUGUACACUGUAUAUAGCUUGUUUAAGUGUCCUUACCAAGGGUUAACCAACAUCAAAAUCUUUUCGAUUCAUUGCUAAAUUCAAUCUUUAAUCCAACGUAUACUUAUGUACUUCAAUAUAUCGAAAUAUAUACAUCUAUAUUCU